GAAAAAGAUGACUGAAGAUCCUGAAAACCUACAGGAAAUUCUUGUUUGAAAAAGUGAAGGUCCAGAAGAACCACCUGAUGUCCAAUCAUCAGUCAUUAACAUCCUUAUCUAGUCUGGUGAAUAAAGUAAACAAGAGUUUGUGGAGUAAUGCAUGAACUUUACAAAGGGAAACAUGAAGAUUUUCAAUGACCCCAUUCAUGGUUCAAUUGAGCUUCAUCCUCUGCUGGUGAAGAUUAUUGAUACUCCUCAAUUUCAGAGACUCCGUCAUAUUAAACAACUGGGAGCAGGAUACUGGGUCUAUCCUGGAGCAUCACAUAAUCGCUUUGAACACUCCAUUGGGGUGGCGUAUUUAGCAGGAUGUCUGUUAAGAAGUCUACAAGAGAAGCAGCCAGAGCUCAAUAUUACUCCUCAAGACAAUCUGUGUGUCCAAAUUGCUGGUUUGUGCCAUGAUUUAGGUCAUGGUCCAUUCUCUCAUUUGUUUGAUAUCCUGUUUAUCCCUGAAGUCCGGAUGUCAGGUACCCAGUGGAAGCACGAAAUGGCGUCGAUUCAGAUGUUUCAGCACAUGGUUGAUCAGAAUGGACUGAAAGAGGUGAUGGGAAACUAUGGAUUGAAUCCAGAUGAGGAUCUUCCCUUUAUUGAGGAAUUAAUUCAGGGUGUGGAUAGUUCAGCUGGAGAGUGGUCAGCGAGAGGCAGACCUGAACAUAAAUCCUUCUUGUAUGAGAUUGUGGCAAAUAAACGGAACGGCAUUGAUGUUGACAAAUGGGACUAUUUUGCCCGAGACUGUCAUCACCUUGGCAUCGGCAACAGCUUUGACCAUCAACGCCUGUUGAAAUUUGCACGCAGUGUGUGA